UGGAGAGCCGCUCAGGCCGGAGCCGCUCUACGCGGAGCCGCACGUUAGACGCCCGUCUUGACGCUUUCCACUUAGCCGUUGGGCCGGGAGCAGAGCCAGUGGCCUCGGCGGCCCGGGGUGGGGGGGAACUCAGCAGCGAGGCGGCGAAGCCGGCCUGCUGCUCCUUCCCCCCAGCCUGUCAGCCUUGUGGGCCGAAGCUUCCCGGGCUUCCCAAGCGGGCGCGAUGGCGACUGCCGUGGAGACAGACCCCUCUCUGCCGGCUGUGGCCAGCUGGAACGGCGGCGCCGACGAGGAGAUGCAAUCAGCGUUUCCGGAGCUUGAGUCCUCCGCACAAAAUGGCGACGGCGGCGGCCGCCGCCCCACCAGCGCGCAGCCCGGAGGCGGCGCGGGGCCUGAGGACACCGCCGCGCCCGAGGCCGCCCCGAGCCUCGGCCACGAGCUGCUUCCCGACUCCGCGGAGCCGGGCUUGGCCGCUCCACCUAAAGGCCCGGAAGAGCCCGAAAGGCCCGUUAGGAGGACUUUUCAGAUCCCCAGGAAGAGCAGAGAAAAGAAAGCACUUUUUCAGCUAUUAACUCAAGGUUCUCGAGAAUUUGAAGAUGUUUUAAAUAUUCUCCAUUCAUCUUACCUUGAACAAACCUCAGUUACAAAUUUUAACUACAAACGGGCUUGCUUGGUACAUAAUGAACUUUUGGAAAAGGAGUUUACAGAGAAGCGAAGAGAACUGAAGUUUGAUGGUCGUUUAGACAAGGAACUUUCAGAAUCCUAUGCAUUUCUCAUGGUUGAUCGAUACCAGGUUCAAAGCAUAUGUGAAAAAGGAUUGCAGGUGGGCCAGUCAAAAAUAACGAUUCUUGGCAGUCCUUCCAUGGGUAUUUAUCUUUCUAGAUAUGCUGAUCUAUUACAAGCUAAUCCUUUGGAAGCUGGGGCCAUAGGUGAUGUUGUUAUUUUUAAAAUAAUGAAGGGUAAAAUAAAGAGCAUAUAUGACCCCAUGAGUAUUAAAAGCUUAGAACCUAUGUUAAAUAAAAGUGCUUUGGACCCAACACCAAAGCAUGAAUGUCAUGUGUCAAAGAAUGCCAGUAGAAUUACAUCCCUUUUGGCUUACAGAGCCUAUGAGCUUACUCAGUAUUACUUUUAUGAAUAUGGCUUUGAUGAAUUAAGGCGAAGACCAAGACAUGUUUGUCCAUAUGCAGUUGUAUCUUUUACUUACAAAGAUGACAUACAAAUUCCCAAAUUUGUAUCUUCAUUGAGAUCUAACAGCUUUAAUGCAGAUAGAAACAUAGAUAAAUGUAACUACACUUUAUGGAAAGGACAGCUUUUAAAUAAAGGAAAGCUUCUGUGCUAUAUUUCUUUGAGGUCAUCCACGCGGGCAUUUUUGCCUAUUAAGCUUCCUGAGAAGUUAGAUGUUGAAACAGUUAUGAGUAUUGAUCAUCUGAAGCAGAAAAUUCCUCCAGCAUUGUUUUAUAAGGAAACCUACUUAGGUCCAAAUGAAGUUUUGAAGAAUGGGAUGUAUUGUAGCCUUUAUGAAGUUGUAGAAAAGCCAAGAAUUGGAAAUAACUUGGAAAGUUUACUGCAAAAACUGGAGAAAGAAAAACUU